UUGUUGCCGCGGGGCGGGUACGCGCACAGGUUGUCUGGUCGUCACGCUCAUUGCUUUCACCGCGAACAACGCACUCCGUGCGUCGCUAUGGAUCACAUCGGCCUGUUGCUGCAGCACUCGCAAUACGUGUACGCUAUCCCCGUGGGUAUCGUGCUGAUAUGCGCCAUUCUCGUAUUUGCCUUCGGCUUCAAGAAGGCCGAGCAGCCGCCGUUUGCUCAGCUCUCCUCGGGCUCUGACGUGGACCGGAAACUUUCCAGGAAGCGUGGCAAGAUUCGUGAAAAGAAAGCUGCUAAUGGACAAGUUGCAUCUGAGAAAACAAGUCCAGCUAAAAAGACAUUAGCAGCAAAAGUAGAAGCUCCUAAGAAAGCUACCAAAGGAGAUGAUGUUGAGGGUAAAUUAAAAGAGCGUAAACAAGAAGACAACAAGAUUGUUGGUACUAAGAAGGAAAAGGAACAACUAUUGACUAAGGCUGGCAAAGAGAACAAAGUGGAGCAGACGAAGAAUAAGAAGAAUUUGAAGAAUUUAUUCCAGGAAAAACCAGUGGAUUUUGACGAUGGAGAUUGGGAGCAAGCUUAUUCACGCAAGGAUAAGAAGAACAAGAAGAAGGAAGAAGAAUCUCCUUCAAAGAAAAACAAGAAAGCUUCUAAGAAGACUGAUUUAAUAAAUGAAGCUAAACAGAAAGAACAAGAGAAACCUGAGAUUAAGGAUAAGAUCGCUAAGGAAACUGAAAAUAAGGAGCUCAAGGAGAAGGAGAAAAAAGAAGUGAUUCUCACAUCUAUUUCCAGCGAGGAAAUAGAUAAAGUUAAGGAGCCACAGAAAGAGGAACAGAGCAAGAUUGAAAAAGUCGAGAAGGAAGAGAAAAAAACUGGAAAAUCGAAAAAGAAUAAGAAAACUUCUGAAGGCGAGAACACACCCGCUUCAGUACCAUCUACACCAAAGACAGAUAAUAAGCCUAUCGUGGAAGAGCAGCAGAAAAAGCCGGCGAAUUCAUAGAAAGUAAACAAUGUGUAAGAAAAUAAAGUGGUAGAAAAUCAAGAGAAAACCGCCGUGUUCGACGAAUUAGGAGACGUCUGGACAGAAGCAAAACCACAGAAAAAAAGUAAAAAAAAGGCUCGUAAAGAUAACUGAGGAUAAUUACGUGUAACGCUAAUGAUAUUACUCCUU